AUGAAUUCUGCUAACAAUGCCAUCUUUUAUGGCGACAAGAAUUCAGUGCACUACAACGAUCUGAGCGAAAGUGCUGCAGACAGGUGUCUGAAAAAUGGAGGCAUGCAAAACGAUUAUAUAACGAGCAAUGAUGUGACAAGUGAGGGAGUCGAUAUCGCAGUGGAUCCCGGGGAAAAUGGGGCUGGAAAUUCGGCAUACCUACAUACACCUCACCACCAGCACUUAGCACCAAACCGGGGGGAGGGAAAAAAGAAACAGCACGAAAAAACAGAAAGAGACAAAUAUGACCGAAUUGAAGAAAUCGAAAAAUACCUAAAUAUUAACAACGCCACGAAUGUUUGUUCACUGAGAAUUAAAUUAUGGGAAGCACUAAUGCUGUAUGUAAACAAUGUAAACGCAGAGCUGAUUUACUUCAUAAUAAAUUGUCUCAUGGAAGUGGAAGUGUACUGGGGGGAAGAAGCAACCAACAAUUUACAAGACAUUUUAAACCUAAUAAAUGAUAAAAAAUAUAAAGAAGUGUCAAAUAAAAUCGGAGAAACAUUGUCCAGUUUGUCCGUAACGACAGGAAAAGCGACCGAAGAAAAUCCUUUUUUUUACACACUCAUAGUUUCCUCUAGCAGAGAUGAAAACAGCAAUAACUACAACUCCGAUUUGGCAUGCGAACUGAACAAGAUUCUGCAUUAUGAGAAUAACAGACUGUCCAACCAAAAUAAUAACAAAAAAUUGGAAUACAAAAUUAUCGAGGUGAGUAACGCGAAGGAGGCUCUCCUAGCUUGCUUAAUAAACUCGCAGAUUUUGUCUGUUGUUCUGGUGGACAAUUUAUCCAUUGAUGAGGAAUACAAGAGGGAAAGGUUUGAGUUUUAUAACUUCAGUGCGGAGAAGUCCAUGAACAACAAGUGCGGGGCAGUGUCUCCCUAUGGGCUGAAGUGCGGCAUUGUGAACGGCGGCGCCCAGAUGAAGCCCCCCUUCACGCACAGCGUGCAUAACGGCUCUUCCUUCAACAGCAGAGAUGCCAUGCGGAACAUGAUUCUGUCCAACUAUCGUGGCUCCAACGGUAACAAUGGGAGCGUCUGCAAUAAUUACUGCGGCGGGAAUGGUCACUGUGGGAAUGCCCACUGCGCGAACAACCCUAACAGCAGCCGAAGCACUGUGAUCAAUGAGCACAAGAAGGGAGGAGCGAACUUGCUUAUGAAGGACUACAAAUUCGAUAUAGGGAACUUCGUGCUGGGGUACGAACAACUGGUGGCUGCGCCGUUGGAGAAGAUGAAGAAGGGGUUUAACAGCCUAGUGAUCCUGAUUAAGAGCAUCGCGUAUAUUAGAAGCUCCGUGGACAUUUUUUGCGUGUGCACUUCCAUCACGCUGGAUAAGCUACAAUCUGUGAAUAACAAAAUAAUUAGGAUUUUCACCACACAUGAUGACCACAGCGAUUUGCACGAAUCCAUCCUGGAUGGAGUAAAAAAGAAGAUAAAGACGCCCUUUUUUAACGCCUUGAAAGCGUAUGCCGAAAGGCCCAUUGGGGUCUUUCACGCACUAGCCAUUAGCAAAGGGAACAGUGUGAGAAGAAGCAGAUGGAUACAAUCGCUCCUUGAUUUUUAUGGUGUAAAUUUAUUUAAAGCGGAAUCUAGUGCCACCUGUGGAGGGCUAGACUCUCUACUAGACCCACAUGGGUCAUUAAAAGAAGCACAGAUAAUGGCUGCACGGGCGUACGGGAGCAAGUACUGUUUUUUCGUCACAAAUGGAACGUCCAGUUCGAAUAAAAUAGUGAUGCAGGCAUUGGUGAAGCCGGGAGAUGUGAUCCUAGUGGAUAGAGCUUGCCACAAAUCGCAUCAUUAUGGAUUUGUUCUAAGUCAAGCCCUACCAUGCUACUUAGAUCCCUACCCCGUGUCGAGAUACGGAAUAUACGGUGCAGUACCGAUAUAUGUAAUUAAGAAGACGCUUCUAGAAUAUAGAAAUAGUAACAAGCUACACUUGGUUAAAUUGAUAAUUUUGACCAACUGCACCUUCGACGGAAUUGUGUAUAACGUGAAAAGGGUCAUAGAGGAAUGCCUAGCCAUCAAGCCUGAUUUAAUUUUCCUGUUUGACGAAGCAUGGUUUGCUUACGCAUGUUUUCAUCCCAUACUGAAGUUCAGGACGGCUAUGACCGUUGCGGAUAAAAUGAGGAAUCAAGAGCAGAAGAGGAUUUAUAACAAGGUGCAUAAGAAGCUGCUGAGGAAGUUUGGGAAUAUAAAGAGCUUAAACGAGGUAUCAGCGGAGAAGCUUCUAAAAACGAGGUUGUAUCCGAACCCGUCUGAAUACAAAGUGAGGGUAUAUGCCACGCAGUCCAUUCAUAAAUCGUUGACGUCUCUCCGACAAGGCAGUGUCAUUCUGAUCAGCGACGAUAACUUCGAGUCACAUGCCUACACCCCGUUUAAGGAAGCAUACUACACCCAUAUGUCGACCUCGCCAAAUUAUCAAAUAUUGGCCACGUUAGAUGCGGGGAGAGCUCAAAUGGAAUUGGAAGGAUAUGGCCUAGUAGAGAAGCAAGUGGAAGCAGCUUUCCUCAUUAGAAAGGAACUAAGUGAGGAUCCUAUGAUUUCUCGAUAUUUCCGAACCCUCAAUGCGGAGGAUUUAAUACCAGAUAGUUUAAGACAGUGUCAUAAUUUGUACAUGAAACGGAAGAAGAAUUGUACCAAGGAGGGUUAUUCUACCGACUCGAAAGGGAGUGUUAAUGGGACGUAUUCCUGUGUGUCAAACAAUCAGGGUAGGGGAAGCAUCACUACAAAGGAGCAGCGUCCCAGAGCACUGCGCAGGGGGAAGAAAGGUGGAAGCGUUACAAAAUAUGAGCAGCGAAUACAGAGUAGCAACAUAUCGUCUCACGAAUGUGUGAAUGAGACCAAUGGGUGCUCCAAUCAUGUUGUGCGCAAUUCGCUCAUGUUGGGAGAUUCCACCAAUAACAAUAGCGCGGCGGAGGGGGGCCUAAACGACUUUGGUAAUAAUGACCCCCGUGGGAGUGUAAAAAUGAGCAGACGAAAAAGCCGCAGAGAUGAGCGAAACGGAAAGGAGGGCGGAACCUCUGGAACGAUAGACGACAGCAACAACGGAAGCAUCAUCCUGAACAGCGAAAAUGAAAAUCUAAGCUUUAUACAAGAUAGGCAUAAUAGACAUUAUAGCAGUUCCUCCUACUCAACGGGCAUGAAAAAUUUUUUGGAAUACUUCGAGUGCUCCUGGUUGAGCGAAGAUGAAUUUGUGUUGGACCCCACAAGGAUUACUCUCUUCACUGGGUACUCAGGAAUAGAUGGAGAUACCUUUAAGGUGAAGUGGCUAAUGGAUAAGUACGGCAUCCAGAUAAAUAAGACGUCCAUAAAUAGUGUCCUCUUCCAAACGAAUAUCGGGACGACCGGUUCCUCUUGUCUCUUCUUGAGAAGUUGUCUGUCGCUAAUAUCGCAGGAGCUCGACCAAAAGAAGAAUCUCUUUAAUGAGAGAGACCUAAACCAGUUUAACGACAGUGUGUACAAUUUAGUUUCCAAUUACAUCGACUUGUCUGAGUUUAGUGAAUUCCACCCCUUGUUCAAGAAAAGAUAUUCUGACUCGAGAGUAUUCAAUAGGGAAGGAGAUUUGAGGAUGGCUUUCUACUUAGCGUAUGAGGAAGAUUACGUGGAAUAUAUUUUAAUGGCUGACUUGAAAGAACGAGUAAGACAAAGUGAGUUGAUCGUGUCGGCUAGUUUCAUCAUUCCAUACCCUCCAGGGUUCCCCGUGCUGGUACCAGGACAGUUGGUAAGCCAAGAAAUCGUGGACUACCUCUCAGGUCUUAGUGUUAAAGAGAUACAUGGUUAUGAUGAGAGCAUAGGAUUCAGAUGCUUCUACAAUUUUAUCCUAGAAUAUUUUUACAACCUGGUAACUUCCGACCCCUAUGGCUACUACCACAAGAUGGAUAAGGAAACCUAUGAAAGAUUGAAGUAUGCCAAUUUGAGCAAACGAAGGAACAUGGAUAGUUCGUAUCACCUCUAUAUAUACGACAAUGAAACGAGCAGGAUGAAGAAGAUGCAUGUGUGUAAUGGCAGCUUCUCGAUUGAAAAUAAUGCUGCCAUUAGUGAUACUUAUGAGGAUCUUGUACAGGUGCACAAUCUGAGGAGUGACCACGGAAAGGGUAACCACCAUCACCUGCACGUUGGUGCGUACGACGGUGUAAACAACAAUUCGAUGUCCAGCAUUCCAAACUUGCCGCAGGCAGCGGCAGUGGGGGACGGCGCGGUGAAAGGCCCGAAUGGAAGCGCCAAAGGUGGAAGUGCGAAGGGUGGAAACGAGGGAGGUGUUGUCCGGACGUCGGAUGGCACCUCCAACAGCGCAGGUGUUAGCAGCUACGCUAGAAGGGGAAGCAGGGAGGAGGGGUUCCAGGGUGUAAGCGGAAUGAACAAUGAGAAGACCAUUUUCAACCCCACGGUUGGCAGUUUGUCCGAGAGCAGCUUCGUCAAGUCGCGGGGAAAAGAAUCAUCUCAUGGGAGGGAAGCGACCCGCGCUGACCAGAGACUGACGAACAUCUACUACCACCUCUCAAACGAUAUGAUGAAGUACGACCAGAAUAGUUCUCUCGUUAGUAAAAUAAAAGAAAAUGUGUUAAUUGUUCGGGGCAGGAAAGCCUACACCCGUUGCGGAAGUGGCAGGAGCUCGGCCAAUUAUCGCUAUCGGGAUGAUCCCUCCCCAUCAGUGCCCAAGCACAAGAAGGGGAAGAAGUGCAGGGGGUGUAAAUCUUGCGGUGGAGGGAGGAGCAGCCAGACGGAGCUUGUCAAGCGAAGGGGCCAAGCGGAUUGCAUCCCCCACAAGAGAGAAGACACAGAUGACUUCGCGAGUGAAGGCAGGAACGAGGACCAUAUGCACGGCAGGGGAAGACAACUCCAAAGAGGAGCUUCGAAUGGUAGAGUUACGAAGAAGGGGAAAAAGAAGAAUUCCGCCAAAAGGGCAUCAUCAGGCCGGGAUAUAGCCGCUGUGGAGAGGGAGGCAAGUAAUGCGGAAGAGAUUGGCGAAGAGAAUGCGGAUGAUAAUACCAACAGCGAUGGCGACACGACUAUGCCCGACGAGGACGGUGAGAGCACCUCGGCAGCAGAGGAAAUAAGGCAGGGUGGCAAGGCUCAAAACGUGGGAAUAGACAGUGGAAGUUACAACGCGAAGAAGAAAGGCGGUAAAUGGGGAAAGGGGCUACAACAAAAGGGUACCCGUAACCGUGACCGUAACCGAAACUGCCAUCGCGACUGUAACCGCCGCACUGAUGACAGCAGCAACGCACAGAGUGACGUCACGGUGAACACUUUCAACCAGGCGAAUUCCAUGUCGGAUAUGCACUGCGUGAGGAAGGCGACAGAAAAUGAUAGAAGUGAAGACGACAGGUAUAAGGAGGAUGGGGGUGGUCGUGGCCUCAUUCCAAAGAUCAGGCAGUCGAACCCUGUUAUGUGCAAUCAGUUAGGGAAAAGUGAGUUGAGCAUGAAGAUGCAGAGAAAGCGUCCAUCGGGUGUAAGUCACUCGAACAGGCCCCUCAGUUAUCCGGACACUAAAGACUAUUCGUACUGCUCCGGUUCGAGCAAGAAGGGGAAUGAACUGGAAGGAGCGGGGGGUAGCAGUAAAAGGGACAAUAAUAACGCGGGAGUUGCGAGAGGAAGGGGCAAUGGCUCUAGCGCGCAAGGCAGCGGUAUGGCCUCCUCGGAGAAUUACCAAUCCAGCGAGAGCCUAAACAAAAGGAGAACCCACAGCCACGCCAGCGGGAAGAGUUCCAGUGGGCUCAGCGGGAGUGAAAAGGCCAACGAUAAUACUACUCGGUCUGGGGAAAAAAAUGAGAAAAAAAAUGACCAAGAGGUGCACAAAGUGAAGGAAAUGAACAGUCGAAAUGAGUCGGAGAAGAAUGGCUCAAAUGAAAUAGCACUCUUAAAAAGAGAAAUUUUUAUUAGUGAGGAAGACAUAGACAAGAUAAGCGUGGACGACCAAACUGGUGGUGACAACUUCUCGAAGAACAGACUCACUCCGGAGAUUCACCUACCACGUAGCAGCGACAUCAUUAGUGGUGGUGACGACGUCAGUGGCAGUGCAAGGAGAGCAGGAAGCCGAGUUGAUGCCCGUAUACACGUGAAUGGAAAUGAUGCCAAUAAUGGAACCCCAAACACGCAGGGAAAAGGUGAAGUAGCCUUUUGUGGAAAUGAGUUUCACUAUGAUGAAGAACACCUGAAGCUAAAUUCUGCAGAUAGAGAAAACAACGAAUUGGAGAAGAACUGCAUGAGGAAGUUAAACUCGCUUAACAAUAAUAGCUACAUAAAUAAUUUGAUAACACAUGUGGACGAUGACACGUUUAUUCAUAAGGAGGGUAAUUUCUUCCUGGAGUGUGCCCUGACCAAUUCCGAAAUGAACGGCAGUUCCUUCGAAAUGGAAAUGUCCCUGAAUAAUGUGUAUUCUAAUGGUGGCGAGGGGGGCAGGCACCCCGGGAGCUACGACGGAGGAAAGAACAGCGACUUUGAGUAG